GCUGGGACGAGGCUAAGGAUUUGUUGCCACAAGCAGAGAGUGGGAAAGACUGAACUGUGUCUCAAUUAUGUACAAGAAGAUGACCCGGGACACAGAAUGCUUGCAACAGGACGCAGCCACCAAGAUACGUCUUUCUUUCACUAUCACAAACGAAUAGAGAACGACGGCCGACUAUAUGGAGUUGAUAUCUACGACCUUUCAGGAGCCAAACGACACACUAUCCUGACUUCAAACAUGUGUGUUGGAUCUGCAGGCGUUAUCUAUGUGUUUGAGAAGACGAGGCCUGAGUCGUUAGAGAGCUUGGAAACUUGGGUUUCACAUCUUGAUCGAUUAAGGACGCAUUCCCUGUCAGUAUUAGUUGGCCACAGGAGCUUGAAUCAAGCAAUUAUGAAUGAAGGAACAAUUGUGUCAUAUGAAGAAGGAAGAGCAUUUGCUUCAAAGAAUGGAAUGAUGAGCUACUUUGAAACAAGUCUGUCUGAGCCUGAAGGAGCCAGGCAACCAUUUGACUUUCUCUUCACAACAAUAGAGGAAUGUAUACCAAACCCACCACACCCUGCCAUGCUUCUUAACCGGGCCAUCCAUUUAGGAGAAGCAUUUGAUACACAUGAGAUGAGAAGUAGCCUUUUCUCUACUGCAAAGACUGAACAGUAUACAAUCAACACAUGAUUUUGCUUUGUUGCAUUAAUUAGUUAUAGCCUAUACCUAGCAUGACUACAUAUCCUCUA